AUGUUUUGGAUCCUACGCCGAACCAGACUUUCAAGUGCUGUUUCUUUUUUUAAUACAAUUAAUAAUAAUACAUCAAGUUCAAACAAUAAUGCAAAUUGUUCCGAAAAAAGACCAGCACGUAAAGAAUAUCGACGAUUACAAUCCAACGAUGAUAUUGAUAAAAAACAUCAUGGACAUCGUCAUCACCACUCACAUCAUCCCAACAAUCAUCACCAUUGUGUAUGCUCGGUACAAAAUCAAGGUGUUGUUAAUGAUAAUGCAUCAGCUCAACAAAAUCAAGUUUGUAACAACAGUGAAGUAUCAACACCAACAACUGAUGAUAUAAAUACAUGUUGCUCAGCGUCUUUAGACGAAUCAAAAACUACUAAUGAAUGCUAUAAUUAUGCUAUUGGAGGUGGUGAUGUUGGAAAAUCCAAAUAUUGUUGUCCAUGUGAAUGCAUUUGUAAUUGUUGCCAAUGUAAUCAAAAUAAUGAUAGCACCUGCACCCCGCAUGACCCAGAUGUAUUAAACACUGAUACUGAUUCCAGUUGUUCUGAAUAUGAUUUUGAUCAUGACGAUUUGAAAAAUACAUAUUCCGAUGAUCCAGAUGACUAUGACGAAUCAUUGACCUGUAAUGUUUGUGAUAGAUCAUUUUCAUGCCAUCGAGUAUUAGCUGCCCAUAAACAGAAAAAAAGACAUUUUGGAUGUUCAGCCUGUGAUAGUCUAUUUCCAUCAUUAAUGGCACUUGAACAUCAUAAAGAAGAGUUUGAACAUUGGUCAGGCAAUGAAAAUUGUUGUACAGAAUCGGAAGAUGAUGAUGAUAAUAGUGAAUUAACUGGUGCAUCUGAAGAAAUGGAACGACUUCUAUAAACAAACAAUUAUGAAAAAUUAUAAUUAAUAACUAUACAACACCCCAUACGAAUACUUAAUAUAUCAACUUCCAAACCUCCUUAAUAAGAAAUUCAAAAUAAUAAUACCUAUUUACAAUUCCUCUCC